UCUGGCUUUUGACCGGCCACUUCCUCUGCUGUCGGUGGAGCGGGCCGAGUCACUAUAUGGUUUACUACGGCACGGCCGCUUCUUGGGGGGUCGUGGAAACGAGCUGAAACGUCACGGACUUUAGGCCUCCGUGAUAUCAUCCCCAGAGUCCCGAUGAUCUUGGCGUGGUCCGGGGGGAGGGUUCCACCCAAAAACUGAGUGUGUGCACCAUCUCCUGUGGGGAAUGUCCGUCGAAACGAGGUAGACACAGGCUCGGAAAGACCUCCAGGAUCUCUGCUUCCACACUACAGAGCAGGAAAAGGGAAACCAGGAUACUUGGAAUGACGCUAUGGUCAAAGAAGGUCAGCCCCUCUCAUGCUGUGGUGGCAGAACUGAAGAGAAGGUAUCAGAAACACAGAGAAAGCUGAGGAAAAAGAGGCAUCUUGGACAUUAUCAUCACCCGCAACUGCUGUGCUUAACUUCUAGAGACAGGACAGUUUUCUAUCCGGUCUGUGGUGCUCGGAUAAUUCUGCUCUGAACCCUGCAUUUCUGGAUAUACUGGUGAUUGCCACACCACCAUCCAGUCUCCGAAGCUGACUAAGAACCAAGAAGUCCUGGACAGAUUGGGCACAAUGACCUUCAGUCCACCCCCAGAAGAUGAAGCAUUAAGGAAUUGAUGGCCUUUGAGGAUGUAGCUGUGUACUUCUCUCAGGAGGAGUGGAUGUUCCUGGAUGCAGCCCAGAGGGCCCUGUACCGCCAUGUAAUGCUGGAAAACUUCGCACUUGUAGACUCCAUAGGACCAUCUGUCUCCCGGCCUCGUGUGAUCAUCCAACUCCAGCGUGGCGAGGAACCCUGGGUUCCCAACAGGACACAUACAGGCCCAGGCAGGGGUACCCAUAGGAGAUCCAGCCUUGGAUCCAAUUACGGUACAAGGGACAGACAUGUGUCUGGAACACCUCCUGGGGCCACCUGUGACAGGCCUGAUAGGAUACCUACUAGUCUCCUUCCUCCUGCUGGUGCCUACCCUGAUGCAAAAAUUCUGGAGGGACACCAAAGUGCCUGCCCAUCUCUACAAAAAAAACCCACAGGGGUAUCAGUGAUUUACUGGGAGCAGCUACUGCUAGGUUCCAGCAGCAGCGAAGCAACUGUCAGCCUGCGAUUGACCUCCCCAGUAGAGGUUCCUGAAAAUGGUUCCUCUAGAGUAAAGGCCGUCUCUGACUUCCUGGCUCCAGGGAAGCAGCCACAGGUAGCAGAGCAGCAAAAGCCAGAGCUGCAGCUAACUCCUGGGAGAACUUUCCAAAGCAUUUCGGAUCUCCAUGGGGCUGAGGAGGGACGUGGGAUGAGUGGGGCUUGGCAUGAGUCUCAGGGAGACCCCAAUGUUCCAGAGGCCCGGAUAUGGGAUGAGCUGGGAAAGGCCCUCCAGGCCGGCCCAGGUCUUCUCUCUGGGGACAAACCUUUCGAAUGUAGGGCGUGCAACAAAGUGUUCGUGAAGAGUUCUGACCUCCUCAAGCACCUGCGCACUCACACUGGAGAGCGGCCUUAUGAGUGUGCCCAGUGCGGCAAGGCCUUCAGUCAGACAUCUCACCUGACUCAGCACCAGCGCAUCCAUAGCGGUGAGACACCCUAUGUGUGCAUGGUGUGCAGCAAGGCCUUCCGACACAGCUCCUCACUGGUGCGCCAUCAACGCAUCCACACGGUCGAGAAGUCAUUCCACUGCGACGAGUGUGGUAAGGCCUUCAGCCACGGCUCCAACCUCAGUCAGCACCGAAAGAUCCAUGCAGGAGGGCGGCCCUAUGCCUGCGCACAGUGCGGCCGCCGCUUCUGCCGCAACUCACAUCUUAUCCAGCAUGAGCGCACGCACACCGGUGAGAAGCCCUAUGCCUGCUCCCUCUGUGGCGCAGCCUUUAGUCAAGGCUCCUCGCUCUUCAAGCACCAGCGCGUGCACACUGGAGAGAAGCCUUUCUCUUGUCCACAGUGUGGUCGUGCCUUCAGCCACAGCUCCAACCUCACACAGCAUCAGCUGCUGCACACUGGCGAACGACCCUUCCGCUGCGGCGACUGUGGCAAGACCUUUGCCAAGGGCGCAGUGUUGCUCAGCCACAGGCGCAUCCACACAGGGGAGAAGCCCUUUGUGUGUACGCAGUGUGGCCGCGCUUUCCGUGAGCGCCCAGCCCUUUUCCAUCACCAAAGGAUCCAUACAGGAGAGAAAGCUCUGCGGAGGCCCAGGGGCAGCACACACUCCCAGGUCAGGUCUCUUGGGGCAUCCUUAGAUGGUGCACCUCCAAAAGCCACUUCCACCUUAGACCCACCAGCAGUCCCAAAGAUAGCUGAGACCUAAGGUCACAGCUGUGCCCUUCUCUAGAAUCUCUUUCACUCACUGUGGAAGAGCCGUAUGCUCAGCAAAUCCAUUGUCAUGUGAGCCAGGUACAGGGAAGACUUGCCAGUCAGUUCCAAUUACAGAUAUAUCCUAAAAGAAGCUGUCCUGGAGAGGAAUCUGUAAAAUGCAUGUACUCCCCUGGUACUGGCAGGGCGGGCAGGGACUUCCCCCAGAACUAGUGUGUGACCCAUAGACUUGGAUCUUCACGUUGAUGCCACUUCAGUAUUUCCUGACUGUGGCUAUGAAAACAGGAAAAGAGCCUGCAAUAGGCGGGAGUUCUCAAACUAGCAGCUGGAGAUACGCCCCCAAUGCAUUCCGUUUCCUUGGUGCAAGUCACAGCAAACAAAUGGUUUGUUUCUGAACCUCAGCUUUCUCCUCUGGGAAAUGAAGAGGGAGGAGAUUUGGACCAGUGGAGGAGGAUGUUAUAAAAUACUCUAGCAGCUGGAUAUAGUGACACAUGACUUUAAACCCAGGACUUGGGAGGCAGAGGCAGGCAUGUCUCUUCUAAGUUUAAGGUCAGCCUGGUCUAUAUAAUGAGUUCCAGGUCCCAACUAGAGUUACACAGUGAAACCCUGUCUAAAAAGAUAUAAACCUUCUAAUAGGCUCCAAAUAAAGUCCAAGUAGACUCACAGCCAGCCAUGUGCUAGGUGCUGCCCAGUAAGCAGCUUGUGGGCCUUGUACUGGUGUCUCUGCUUCAAACAAGAAAACUGAGGUGGCACAGAAGAGUUAAUGUGGCCUAGAGCACACUGCAGAACCAGGCUUGAACUCAGGUGGACUUCUCCAGUCUCCAUCCACACUCCCUUCCCUUAGUCUACCAGGCUCAAAGAGCUGGCAUAAUCCACCAGUAGGAAAUAGAGACCUAGAGGGAAGAUGCGGCUCUGAAAGACAGAUCAAGAAAGCUGGCUCCUUGCUGGGCAGUGGUGGCGCACGCCUUUAAUUCCAGCACUUGGGAGGCUGAGGCAGGCGGAUUUCUGAGUUCGAGGCCAGCCUGGUCUACAGAGUGAGUUCCAGGACAGCCAGGGCUACACAGAGAAACCCUGUCUUCAAAAAAACAAAACAAACAAAAAAACAAACACAAAAAAGAAUGCUGGCUCCUCAUUGGCAUUCAUCCACAUCCUCAUCCGGGCCUGUCAUCAGCCAUUACCAAAGCCAUGCUAGAUGAGCCUUAGAUCUGAAGUGGUGCUAGUGACUUGAAAGGAAAUGAGACAGGGCUGCUUAUGUUUGCUGGGCUUAGCCAUCAUGCACCCUCCUGUCCUACACCCCAGUGAUAAUGACCCUAAAUUCUGAGGGCAGAUGGGUGCGUGGGAUUCAGUUUGCUUGCUGUGGCCUUUAGCAGACCAAGUCCUGUUUGGACCUGAGGUCACACCAACAGGGAAAUGAAUGCCAGUAAAAGUUAAAACA